AUGGUCAACAUUCCCCAGACUCAGACAGCGGCUAUUGUCCCAAAGCUUGGUGGCGGAGUUGUCUUUGUGCAUGACUAUCCGGUGCCACAGCCGGGUCACAAUGAAGUCUUAGCAAAAGUUCUCUAUUCGGGAGUCUGCCAGAGCGAUCUCCACACUCAAGCUGGCAUCGCAGCCUCAGCUCAGGGAACACCAAUUACGAAUGUCAAGCUACCUCAUGUUGGAGGGCAUGAAGGUAUCGGGCGCAUCAUUGCAUUGGGCCCUGGAGUAGAUGAGGACAUCAAAGUUGGCACAUAUGUUGGUAUCAGAUUCGCAAAUGGAAGUUUCCAGGAGUACAUCGCUCUGGAUGCUGACUAUCUUACCCUGCUGCCUAAUGAUAUCGAUCCUGUUACCACCGGACCUGUUCUUUGUGCUGGAUUGACCACUUACAAGGCAGUCAAAAAUUGCAACGUUAGCGCAGGAAAUUCCGUUGUAGUUGUCGGUGCUGGUGGUGGAUUGGGCCAUCUCGCAGUUCAAUAUGCAUUGGCACAAGGAGCCAUUGUAUACGGCGUUGACGGCGGUGCCGAGAAAGGAGAGUUCCUGAAGUCACUUGGUGUAACCGGCUACGUCGACUUUACGACCACUCCCAAUCUCAUUGACAAGAUUCACGAGAUUACCAACGGGGGAGCAGAUGCCGUCAUUGUAACUGCAGCGAACCCAAAGGCGUUUGCCCAGGCCGCCGAAAUGCUCGCCGUUGGGGGAACGCUCAGCUGUGUUGGAAUUCCUGCAGAGAGAGGCUAUCUCGAAACGCCCAUCAGCACCAUUGUAAUCAAGGGUCUUCAUAUAACUGGUAACCUAGUUGGAUCGCUCAAAGAAUGUUUGGAGGCGGUGGAUCUUGUACGAAGAGGCAUUGUGAAGCCUAAGGUUACGGUUCGUCCGUUUGAGGACUUGCCCAAGAUUUAUCAGGAGUUGGAGAGGGGUGAUGUUUUGGGCCGUAUUGUGCUGAAAAUUGCAAAGGACGAGUAA